AAAAUCAACUGAAGGAUUCAGUAUGCGUUUCUAUACUCGUUCAACACCGCCUUCACCGUACCGUGAUACUGUAUCGCCAGUAGCAAAAACAUUCCCUUUACGACUUCCGCAACUAUCCGAUAUUGUCUUCUGAGGGGUUUCGUCUGACGUAGACCAACAGUUCUGCCCAAGCUGAGCCUCAAACCACUCUUUAUCCUCGAAGCCGAACGUGCCGGGAGGUCGGAGGGCCUCGAUACAAGCUCCUUCCAGCCGUUCCUUCCCGCACAAGGAGCCUUCCCAAGACCUCCGCUUUCAUUUCCCAGACUCUCCAGUAGAUUGAACGUCUCCAAGUUUCAGACGCGGGUGGGCAUCAGGAACAAUGAGCACCACGGCUCCCCCAACACCUGGUCCUAAGCCCCCCGUCACCUUCAGCUCGCCCGAGAGUGCAAAUACCGUCACCCUCUCAACCACGGCAGUUGGUCCCUCGAGCUCCACCUUCAUCACGAGCACCAUCUCCUCCGCAGCGGCAAUCUCAACCCACACCCCCUACUCUCAACCACAGCCCGACCCCUACCAUCUUAAUGCCGCCAACUAUAUCGUAGUACCAGUCAUCGGUAUGGUCGCUAUACUGCUAGCAGGAAGCUGGUACUUCAUUCGACGGAGGAGGUUGAUACUAAAGCAGAAGAGAAUUGCGAAAGAGGAGAGCGCGAUGACGAUUGCGGAGAAGGAGGUGAGCAGGCAGCGGAGGAGAGAUAAGAUGAGGAACCAGGGGAAUAAUGAUGAUGCUGCGAUGAGGGGAACCACAUAAGGCUGGGGGUGGGCCAACUGUCAUAAUGAUAUGAUGGAUAGGAUGGAUAUAUUGGAUAGGAACCUUAUACUGUUGGACAGAAUACAGAGAUAAUCGGGAUUUUAUAAUGGAGUACAGUAGGGGUUUGGCGAUAUUUGAAGGAUUUUGGAAUGAGCAGAUGGAAUGAUACAGCCAUAUUUGCAGCUCGAAAUUCAAAGAACAACGUUUUUUGGGGGGGCUAAGGGGGUCCCACUUACCCCGGCAUUAGCAGGAAAGCUUUACUUAAAGGGUUAACUCUUAUUGCGCAGUCUCAUCCGGAGUCGGCUCCUUGGCGUAGAAUCCUAAAGCCAUCUUGAUGAAGAAAGUGAAAGUGAUGUUGAUUGUGGAGAAGUUGCGAGACGAGUGAUAAGCUUAACUCUAUCCGGAGCACUAGGUAGUUCUCAG